AUGUUUUCUGAUCCAAUUUGGGCAGCUGAUUGUUCGGGAAGAUUUUCGCAAUCUUCACUGGAAUCACAAAAAGAUGUCAUCGCUGUUUUAUCAAACAAAAACGGAUUUGCAUAUUUCGAAAAUUCAACACUGGUUCUUCGAAUCGGUGAUAAUCCAGAAUAUUUUUUCAAAGCUGAAUUACAACAAGAAAAUGGAGAAUACCUCAUUGAUAGUUAUUCAAAACAUUGUUCAGCUUUGGACAUCGCAAAAGAUCUCAACAAAAUCUACAGAAAUCUUGAAAAAUCUAAAGAUUUUAUUGAUAUUCUAACAGAUCCUUAUAGAAUGCAAACAUGUAAUUAUGCAAAUAUUCCAUUUUCUCUCGAAAAAUUGGUUGAUCAUAAUAAGUUCGAAUUUCGAAGUGGGUUUAACACCGAAAUUCUAGAAGCCAAAUUUGUGGAAAAAGAUGUUUUGAAAUAUUUGGUUCAGUUCACAGCAAAAAAUAUUUGGACAUCAGGAGUAUCGCCAAAAAUUCGAUUCAGAGCUGUGAAAAAUUCAGAAACUCAUAAAUAUAUGCUUCAAAAAGAAUUUAAACUUUGUUAG